AUGGUAGAAACGGAAAAGCUGGCCAGUCUACAGAAGGAACUACAUACCCUUGGAGAACUCUCUAAAGAGGCACACAAGGAAGGCUUAAAUGAUGAUGAAGCUCUUGAA